GCGCGCGAUAAUUUGAACACAGUGGCGGAGCGACUGGCUUGACUGAGAGGAGAGGUCGCAGACUCCGGGGUGCAGUGAUUUGCUCAAAAAAGAAACCCUUUUCUUGGAUCUUGAUGGACCGUCACCCAUACAAAAAGAGUUCAAUUAAGAAGAUGUCAGCUUUUACUCCAAGGAAAAGGAAGCAGAAUUCUUUGAAUUGUGAUGACCUAUUGUCGGACAUUCCAUCAAAGAAAUUAACUUUGGACUUUACUGAAAACAUAUUUUCAUCACCUAAUAAACAACAUAUUUGCCAAAGCAGUGAUAAAAAUGAAGAAAAGUUGCCUUACUCUCAACAAGGCCAUGCCAUUUCAAGUCUGCUCCAGACAUCUAAAAAAACUAGGUUACCAUCUGCAAAUCAAGGCUCACCUUUUAAAUCUUCUGUGUCUGCUGUAUCCUUUUACAACAAAAAUAAGUGUUACCUCAAUCCACUGGAGAGAAAGAUGAUAAAAGAGAGUAGAUCCAUUUGUCUAAAAACUAGUAAUGAAGCUAAGUCUUUUCCUGGUGUGACAGAAAAAAUGCAGGGAAAACCAGUUCGUUCCAAGAAGAUGAACAAAAAACCACGGAAGAGCUUAACUGCUAAGGGUCAACCAAGUUAUAAGUGCAUCAAGCCUGUAUCAAAGAAUUCUAAAAAUUCCAUGCAAAAUCGAGUGGCCUACAAACCAAGUGCGGAGAAAGAGAACAAUUGUUAUUCAGCUGAGAAUAAUCUGCCUGCUCCUAGAGUUCUAAGCCAAAAAGUCAAACCACAAGUAACGCUCCAGGGUGGAGCAGCAUUUUUUGUUAGAAAAAAAUCCUCUCUUAGAAAAUCAUCUCUGGAAAAUAAGCCAAUCCUGGGACUCACUCAAGAGAGUAAGUCAGAAGUGAUUAAACAUUCUGAUGUAGAGACUGUCAGUGAAAGAAAAGGUUUUGAGACAAAACGAGUGCCAAAGUCCUUGUUAAUAGAAAAGGAACUGAACAUUGAGCUGCUGGGUACAAGAGGUAACAAUGAAGAGAAAUUAAUAAAGGAUUCAAGUGGAGUAGUUUCUUCAAGGGAACAUAAACCUGGUGAAAAUAAGUGUUUUCCUUUGGAAGAUUCUCACAGUGGGAACAAGGCAGUUUCUCCUGAGUUCACGGUCUAUCCCAUCUUCAGUGCAUCUUCAGUCAAUACAAAAAGAUCUCUAGUUGAAGAACAGUCUCCUGUGGGAUCCAUCACACCUACUAACUUCUCGAAACAGAUCAAUACACAGAAGAGUACUAGUGCCAGAGAUACAAACAAAGAAACAAAAGACCAGCUCGUUAUUGACGCAGGCCAGAAGCACUUCGGAGCCACCAUGUGUAAGUCCUGUGGCAUGAUCUACAUGGCUUCCAGCCCCAAGGACGGGCUGCAACACGCUCACUACCACCACAGGUUUCUGGAGGGCAUCAAGUACACAGGCUGGAAAAAAGAACGUGUAGUAGCAGAGUUUUGGGAUGGGAAAAUUGUGCUGGUCCUGCCACACGAUCCAAGUUAUGCUAUCAAAAAGGUAGAAGAUGUCCAAGAACUUGUUGACAGUGAAUUGGGCUUCCAGCAAGUUGUUCCCAGGUGUCCAAACAAAACCAAGACUUUUCUCUUCAUCUCCGAUGAAAAGAGAGUAGUUGGGUGUUUAAUUGCAGAGCCUAUCACACAGGCCUUCCGUGUCCUGUCUGAACCAACCGGUCCAGAAUCCCCAAACUCUAGAGAAUGUCACAGGGCGUGGCAAUGUUCAGAUAUUCCGGUCCCUGCAGUCUGUGGGAUAAGUAGAAUCUGGGUCUUCAGACUGAAGAGAAGAAAGCGCAUUGCAAGACGACUCGUUGAUACUCUUAGGAAUCGCUUCAUGUUUGGCUGUUUUCUCAGCACUGAUGAAAUAGCAUUUUCUGACCCAACACCAGAUGGCAAGUUAUUUGCAACCAAGUAUUGCAACACUCCUAAUUUCCUUGUAUACAACUUCAAUUGUUAAAGCCAGUUUCAACUGUGGAAGAGUUACUGUAUGGAUGAGUUCAGACAACUUCUUAUGUAAUUAUUCAGCGAAUGUUAAAAAUAUUGAGGCGCACACACACACAAUAUGCUGUCGCUUAUGAAUUGAAAAGUCAGGGAUUUGUUAAAAAGUAUAUGGAGGUUCAAAGGAGAAAUCUUUGGAUGCUGUGCACUACUAGCACUCUGAAUCCUUAAUUCUGAAACUCAGUAGACAGAACUGGAAAAUUACUUAUUACAUAAGAACAUUGACAAAGCAAGGUGGUUUCCAACAGAAAGGACCGCUUGCUUACCUUUUAUGGAGCACUUUUGAACCAGGAUUAUCCCACCCUCAAUCAGAAGCAAACAGGCAGAUUUAAAGACAUCAUUCUCAUGCCCAGUUUUUAAAGGUCGUUCCUGAAUUCUGUACCCAGAAUCCUCACCUUAGAGGUAGCUCAGUUUGAAUAUAUUUAGAAAAUUUUAAAUUUAUCAUUUCUAAUGGGGUAAGAUGGUAAAGACUUCCAUAUGCUUUUAUGUACAACAGAAUGAUAUGGUUUAAUGUUUUAGUCUCUAAAAAUUAAUUGAAAGCAGUUUCCACCAGAUUUAAUUAGAACUAAACUUAGUAAUUGCACUAUUGUAAUUUAAUUUUUGGCAUACACUAAUUGUGCUAGUUAUCUUUAGUGAAAUUAUUGGGAAUUGAAAUUCAUAACAAAAUGGAUGCCCCAGUGGGGGUUACGAUGAUUCAUAGUUGGUUAUACUUAAAAUUGUUUUGCAUCUCUGAAAUACUUCUUGUCCUACAACAUCUAACAAAAUGUACAGUAUUAGUACCAAGGUUAGUGAGUAAAUACAGGGUCCAGCAGAAGUAUUGCCUGCUUGAGUGUGACAUUUAGGGUAAUAAUAUGGGUGUAAUAAUUUAGUUUUAAUUUGAACAUUUCACCUAAAAUGCCGUAUGGUGUGCUUAAGUGUGAUAUGUUGAGUGCUUGAAUGUUACGGAAUUACAUGCUUAUGACUUUGUAAUAAAAAAGGGGUGUUAUUUGGGCUAGACCCUAUAUAUCUAGGCUGAUGGGCCAGAGAACAUAAUCUUAUAUAUAUACAGCUAAAUGUUUUAAUAUUUUUAAAAAUAAGUUUUCUGUUAUAAUUCAUGGAUACUUUGAAAAGUAAAGAAUUAUUCAGAUUGUUGAAUCUAAAAAAUAUUUAGCUGCUAUCUGGCAAUAAUUCUCUACAGAAGUAGAUUUCCAGGUUAUAACUUUGGAGUAUGUUCAUUUAUGUUCUUUAUUUGCCUGUCAGCUAGUGUGGUACCAAAAGUUAAAAACCUGAGUUCCAAAAGAAUGUGAAAGUGUUCAAAUGUAAUUAUGCAAACAUUUUAAUGUUAUUUUCUGCACUGUUUUUUUGUUUUUAAAUUUUAUUUUAAAAAUUUUAUUAACAUUAUUUGCUUGUUCAAUGCUUUUGU